AAAGGAAGGGAGAUGUGACUGUCCUUUAUCCUGAAAGUUUCGCCUUGCUUCCAGAGCCCAGUUUCUCGGCACGCCUUCAAGGCCCUUCACCCCCUCUCCCCACCUCCCACUGGCCUUCCACACUCGGCCAAGGUCCACCUUUUGAAGUGCAUACAUUGACUCUGGCAUUUUUCUUAAGGACACACCGAACCCCGUCUGCGACUUUGCCUCUCUCCACUUCCCGCCAAAAUCGAGUUGAAGAUCAUUUGCCCAUUUGACAAACACUUAAAAAGAGCCUGCAAGCCCGCGCGCUGGGGACCCGCUACGGGCUCUCCCUGCCUCAAGAUGCAGAGGUGAAUGCAGGCGGGGGCCACCUGGGGGAGUUCCCAAACGCUGCAAAGUCUGGCGAGAAGCAGCUCGGCUAGGAAGCGCCUGCACAGCGGGAGCGGCGGACUUCCCGGAGGAAGUGGCCGCCUGGAUGCAACCGGCUCAAUCUCAGGCCGGCUCCAGCCCCCUCGAGAAGCAUCGCUGGCCUCCGCCGGCCUGUACCCGACCCAGCACCGUCGGGAUCAUUCCUAUGUGCUUCUGCUGGAGCGAUCGGCAGUUCCCAGGACGGGGUAGAGAGCACGCAGAAUCUGCCCAUCUCUUCGAGCCCCAAGGGAAGACCGCGAGGAGCUGCGUGUCCCUCGCGCGACUCCGUCGCCACGCCCCGCCCCGCCCCGUAACGCGGAAGUGCGCCUGUUGGAGCGGAAGUGCUCUCUGACAGCGCUGGGCGGUGGCUGCGCGAUGUUGGGCGGCGGCGGCUGGAUGGGGUUCGGUCUCUUGGAGAACGCUAACCCGCUCAUCUAUGAGCGCUCUGGGGAGCGGCCGGUGACUGCGGGCGAGGAGGACGAGCAGGUCCCCGACAGCAUCGACGCGCGCGAGAUCUUUGAUUUGAUUCGCUCCAUCAAUGACCCGGAGCAUCCACUGACACUAGAAGAACUGAACGUAGUAGAGCAGGUCCGCGUCCAGGUGAGUGACCCGGAGAGCACAGUGGCUGUGGCCUUCACCCCCACCAUCCCCCACUGCAGCAUGGCCACCCUUAUUGGCCUGUCCAUCAAAGUGAAGCUUCUGCGAUCCCUUCCCCAACGUUUCAAGAUGGAUGUUCACAUUACACCAGGGACCCAUGCUUCGGAACAUGCAGUGAACAAGCAGCUUGCGGAUAAGGAGCGGGUGGCUGCUGCCCUGGAGAACACCCACCUGCUGGAGGUUGUGAACCAGUGCCUGUCGUCGCGUUCCUGAGCUAGGCUGUUAGCGCCCAGCCCCACCCAGAGAGGAGCAUAGGGCUCAGGGCCUUGUUUCCUUGAACACUGACACUGACAGUAAGAAACUAACAGUUUUGCCUUUUGUAAUAAACCCUUAAUUUAUGUAAUUUCCCACUGUCCUUAGAGUGUUUCAUCUUGAUGGGGUCACUUGGCAUUUGGGGGCAGUGGUGACAGUAAGAGCUUAUAUGGGCGGAGUUAAUGAGUAUAGUUCAUUUUUUCAGUUUUGUUUGAUUAGUAAAAGUUACAAUAUACUAAAACUAUACUAUUGGGGACAAUACUGUAGUAAACACAACAAAAAAAAGUAGUGUUAUGAACACAUCUGUGUGCUUACUGCCUGGAUUCAACAGUUAACAUGUUGGAAUAUUGGCUUUGUUUUUUUGUGUGUGUAAGAUAAAUAUAUUUGAGAAUAAGGUGAAGAAGCAUGA